GAUUUGUUUUGGAAUUUUAUUUUCAUAACAUUGUGCAUUUUGCUCUUCUUCCUACUAUAAAUUUAGUAGAGGUAUCUUCAUAUUUGAUUUAAAAUUUUUCAUAACAGAAUAGUAUGUAAUAACAAACAUAAAAAUUUUACAAAUCUUUAUUUCUGGUGGUCAAUAACAGAUUAACUGGAGACUAGUCAAGAAAUCAUGGUUUGCAAAGAUACCUUGAAAAUAAAAAAUUUACCCAAGGAAUUAUCUGACGCCCAGAAAGAAGAUUUUGCCCGUCAUUUUGGAGCAAGCAGUAUAAAAGUUAUAACUUCAAGAGUUAAGGAAAAGUCAGUAGUGUAUGCCAAGUUUGACUCUGAGGAAUUGGCAAAAAAUGUUCUCUUUAGACUUCAUCAAAUAAAUGUACUCAAUUGUCGAUUGUGCAUAGAGUAUGCUGAAAAUGAUAUAUUACAGGGUAAGCCUAAGUGUAAAAAGAUCGAUGAAAGUGAUAUAAGUAAUAAGAAAUCAUUCAAAACAUUCAUCAACAAAUUAACAUCUUUCAAUGAAUCUGUUGGAUUUCACCAGCCACCUCCCUCUCAUCUCAAAUACUUGUACCCAAAACCAAAUAGAGCAACAAUCAAUAAUAUUGCUCAUGCUCUAGCUACCGUACCUAGAUUUUACACUCAAGUCCUACAUUUAAUGAACCGAAUGAAUCUGCCACCCCCUUUUGCUGUUGAACAACCACCUGUUAGGACUAUAACACCAUCACAGCAUCCUGUAAUGAAACAGUCUCUGAAAUCAUCUAGUUUACCCGAAGAAGAUAAAAAACCUGAGAGCAGUUCAGAAUCCGAGUUAGAAAGUGAUGAUGGAGAUUACUUCAGGAAUAGAGAAUUUACUCCAUUAAAAAGAAAAACUUCACAGAAAAAAGUUGUUAAGAGACCUAAGUUUAUUAAGCCUCCUGUGGCACAACUUUCAAAUGCCGCUGCCAAACCCGCUGAAAAAACUGAAAAUGUAUUUGAAAAGGUGAAUGUACAAGUUCCUAAGAAAAUAGAAGUUAAAGUUGCCCCAGACUCAUUAGAACAAAGGCCUGUACAAGAACCUGAGAAAACUGGUUCUUUUGGAAUAUUGUUGCCUCUGGUAAAACCUCCAACCUCUGAAAAAACAGAAUCGUCACCAACUUCUACAAAACAAAUAGAAAACGAGAUUACUGCGAUAACAGCGGAAGAAUUGGCUGCCAACCAAAUUUCUCAUAAAGAUCUUGGAGUUUUACCUGUUUUCAAAAACUACCAUCCAGGGGCACCAACAUGCCGACUGUACAUAAAAAAUUGUGCAAAAUCGGUGGUGGUGGGAGAUCUUGAGUUUAUUUAUAACAGGUACAGAAUUCAUGAUGGAAAUACUACAAGUCAAUUUGAUAUCAGGCUUAUGCAAGAAGGCAGGAUGAAGGGCCAAGCUUUUGUCACUUUGGAUAGUGUAGAACUGGCUCAGAAAGCUGUUAAAGAGACCAAUGGAUAUAUUCUGAAGGAUAAGCCCUUAGUUGUUGUCUUCGCUAGAUCUGCUACACAAAAAAAAUAAAUUCUACAUACAUACAAACAAAAUAUUUAUUGAAUGUUCUUCCAAAAUAUAGAUAUAUAAAUU